AUGGCAGCUCUUAGCAGAUUCAUCUCGAUAUCAACUGAUAAUUGCCUACCAUUCUUCAAUGUAUUGCGAGGAAACAAAAUGUUCGAAUGGAAAAAUGAGUGCAAGGAAGCCUUUAAAAGCAUAAAGAGGCACUUGUCAACACCUCCAGUUUUGGCUAAACCAAUAACUGGAGAAACUUUAUUCCUCUACUUGGCUGUCUUAGAAAAUGCAAUUAGCGCAGCAUUAGUGCGAGAAGAGGGAAAGCACCAGCAACCUGUUUACUAUGUUAGUAAAAGGUUACUGGGGGCAGAAUCAAGAUAUCCACCUCUUGAAAAACUUGCCCUAAGCCUAAUUCAUGCAUCUUGCAAAUUCAGGCCCUACUUCCAGACACAUCCGAUAAGGGUGUUAGCUGAUCAACCCCUGAGACAAGUUUUGUCAAAACCAGAUGGCUCUAGAAGAUUGAUAAAAUGGUCCAUCGAGCUGGGGCAGUUAGGCACAACUUAUCACCCAAGAACAUCCAUCAAGGGCAAGGCUUUGGCCGAUUUCCUGAUAGAAGGAAUAAUUCCAAAUGAAAAUCCAAUCACCUUGCGAGACACAGACACUUGGAAGUUGUACGUGGAUGGAGCAUCUAAUGAACAUGGCUCGGGUGCAAGGUGUGUUCUCCCCACAGAAGCAAAUGAGAUUAUCAAAGAAAUCCAUGAAGGCUUUUGUGGAGACCAUGCAAGGCGAGGAGGAGCAAAAUACGCAGUAGUGGCAGUCGACUUCUUCACAAAUUGGACAGAGGCUGAACUUGUCGUUUCCAUAACCUGCAAGAAAGUUCUCGACUUUGUCGUCAAGAGCAUAAUUUGUAAAUUUGGAAUACCCAUUAAGAUAGUAUCUAAUAAUGGAACUCUGUUCGAUGGUGAUUUAUUCACUGAAUUCUGCGAGAGGAACAAGAUUAUUAAGAGCUUCUCGUCAGUAUCAAGGCCUCAAGCAAAUAGGCAAGUAGAAGUUGUUAAUAAAACCUUGAAAGAUACUAUCAAAAAGAACUUGAACGCUGCUAAAGGUAGAUGCAUAGACGAGCUACCAUAG